AUGUACGGUGCACGAUCAUUAACGAGACCCAGGCCGACAAGGUUUCGUGAACAAGCACAAAAUGCACUGCUGAACAAUUCUUAUCCGCCUAAUGCAUUGCUACCAACAGAAUAUCGUAUGCGGCCAAUAUCUCUACGUGAAUAUACGUGGCGACGCACAUGGCCACAUGCCCUGACAAAUGGAAUUGCUGUACUUAUGUUAAUACUUACUUUGUCUGUUGUUAUUUUGGAGGUUGUUCAUCUGUGCCUAACCACAGUUGCAGAACCUUUCAAACCGGUCGGAACAACAGCAGCUGGUUUCUGGUGUUCACUAUUCUAUGCUAUUGCGGCACUGUUUAUACUCAUAGCAAAUCUAAUGAAAAGAAAUUCAUUUGUAUGGGUUACCAUUGGAUUUAUCCUCACUCUUAUAUCACUUGCUUUCUGUGGUGUUCUGAUUGGAUUUGAUGCCAAGACAGUUAGCAAAUACAAUUUUGCUUUAAGUCCAAAAAUUAAAUUUAUAGGUGCUCAAUUAGGGUUUGCUUGUGGUGUGGCAUUGCUUGAUAUAAUAUUUCUUUUAAUUUACUUUGCCACACUUUGCUUGACGGCAGCACGAUGCAAAACGGCUGAGAAGACAAUACCACCAUAUGUUCAACCGUAUGGUUAA